CCAUUCCACUUUCUCGCCACCACUUUCACCUGAAUCCCCACGUCACUCUCUCUUAAACUCCAUAAAGCUCAAACCUUUUCUCAUUCUCUCUCUCUCAAACUUCAUAAAGCUCAAACCUUUUUCUCAUUCUCUCUCUAAAGCUCAAACCUUUUCUCCUUCUCUCUCUAAAACUCCAUAAAGCUCGAACCUUUUUAGUUUUCACACUCUUCUUCUUGAUGUUCAAACAAUGGGAAACCUCUGUUCUUUGUUUGCUCCGCCUAAACCCGUGAAAAGGAAACGACCCAUCACCACAAAACGACAAUCUUCCGUUGGAGCCUCUUCCGGGUCCGGGUCGGGUCUUUAUAGCAACCGUUGGAACCACCGGGUCAAGUCAUCUUCUUCUUGUAAGAGAGACAACAAGUUCGAAGAUGCUGUGAUUCAAGAACACGCUCUAGCUGCUGCUGCUAUUUUGUUCAGACAACAGAACGGUGGAGUAGGAUCGUUGCCUUUUGAUCGGUCGGUGUCUCAACGGUAUCCUGUUUCUGGUUCUAAGAAGAAUCAGUUGCCUCGUAGCUCAAGUUCGAGGUCAAGGUCUUCUACAGAUCCUCUGUUACCGCCUCAUCAGUUUCUUAAUCAGGGUAUAAAGCUAGAUGACUUGGAAACAAACCAUUUUGUUCUCAUCCAUGGAGGAGGAUUUGGUGCUUGGUGUUGGUACAAAACAAUUGCACUUCUUGAGGAAGAUGGUUUCAAAGUUACCGCUAUAGACUUAGCUGGUUGCGGUAUUAACUCGUUCAAUAUAAAUGGCAUUGCCAGUUUGUCUCAGUAUGUGAAGCCACUUACCGAUGUUCUCGAAGAGCUUUCCAUAGGAGAGAAGGUGAUCUUGGUCGGACACGAUUUUGGUGGAGCAUGUAUGUCUUAUGCUAUGGAACUGUUUCCUUCAAAGAUUUCGAAAGCGGUUUUUCUCGCUGCAGCAAUGUUAACUAAUGGUCAAAGUACACUCGAUAUGUUCUCCUUGAAGGCAGGUCAGAACGAUUUAAUGAGGAAAGCUCAGAUUUUUAUCUACACAAAUGGUAAUGAAAACCCUCCAACAGCCAUUGACUUAGACAAAUCUCUUCUCAAAGACCUUUUGUUUAAUCAAAGCCCUUCAAAGGACAUUGCAUUGGCUUCUGUAUCAAUGAGGUCAAUCCCAUUUGCGCCGGUUCUUGAGAAACUCUCUCUCUCAGAUGCUAACUACGGUUCAGUUAGACGGUACUACAUAGAGACUCUAGAAGACAAUGCCAUACCAGUGACUCUCCAAGAAAACAUGAUUAAUACUAGUCCGCCUGAAAAAGUGUACCGGUUAAAAGGUGCUGACCAUGCUCCUUUCUUCUCUAAGCCACAAGCUUUGCAUAAACUUCUGCUUGAGAUCGCCAGAAUAAAGCCUACUUAACACAAUUCUCACAAGUAUCUUCAUUACCAUAUUCACUAACUAGUGUUCUAAAGUGGCUCAUGAGGUCUGUCUUCCUUUGUAUUUUUUUUUUGUGAUUUUGUUUUUGUUUCCUUUGGUGUCUUUUUAAUGUUAUGUCUUUACUUCGUUCUUAUCGUUGCACUGUUUUUACCAUAAAUGAAUUCAAUGUUUAUAGACU